AUGGGGGAGCCCCUCCUCACCUCCCUCUCCAUGGAGAACAGCAACAGCCACCCCUGCACGCUCCUCUCCAUGGACCCUGCUGGCUCGCACCCAGCCUCCGCCGAGUCCUCAGGUGGCGGCGGCACUGCUACCAAUGGGGUUGGGGUUGGUAGUGGUGGUGACCGGGAACUCUUCAUCAUUCCGCGGCGUGAGUCGGCGCACCCAGGCCCGCCGGACAUCAACCUCCCGCUCUCUGCAGAUCCUUCACCACCGCCUCCGUCAUGGAGCCUCGACACGUUCGACAUACUUGAUGUCACUCUUGGAACACACAACUAUGAGUCUGAGGUUGCACUUACACUUCCAAAGUCGACGGGUAACGGCAACGGCAAUGGCAGUGCCACUAUUGGUGUCGGCGCGAGGAAGUGUGCUAAGAGAGGAGACAGCAUCUGGGGUGCAUGGUUCUUCUUUAAUCACUACUUCAAGCCUGCACUUGUGGAGAAGCCAAAGGGGAAGGUGACGCGAGACCUGUCCGGUAGCAUCUCGGGCUUCGACAAGUCUGAUCUCCGCCUUGAUAUCUUCCUGGUGCAGCAUGACAUGGAGAACAUGUACAUGUGGGUUUUCAAGGAGCGGCCCGACAAUGCCCUUGGGAAGAUGCAGCUCCGGAGCUUUAUGAAUGGGCAUUCCAAGCAUGGGGAGCCAUCUUUCCCGUUCAGUGCCGAUAAGGGCUUUGCCAGGUCACACCGUAUGCAGCGAAAGCACUACCGUGGGCUGUCGAACCCACAGUGCCUUCAUGGGAUUGAGAUCGUGGGCUCACCAAAUUUGUCAGCAGUUUCUGAGGCAGACUUGAAGAGGUGGGCUGAACUGACAGGCAGGGAACUUAAUUUCUCAAUACCAUCUGAAGCCAGCGACUUUGAGUCAUGGAGGAAUCUUCCCAGCACUGAUUUUGAACUUGACAGGCCACAUCCACCGGCAGCAAAGAGUGCCACACAUGGAUCUCAUAGCCAUAAGAAGGAUUGA